AUGAUUUUAUAUUAUGUCAUAUUGGUGGUUCUCAGCUGGCCGCAAAUAAGAUGCACAGAAAGCGUCAACUUGAAAAAUGAGGAGAUUUUCGAUCAACUCGCAACUGCGUCGGAGAAUAUAGUAGAGGCUGCAAAACAUUCAAGCGCGGAUUCGAAAAAUCCUCAAGAGCAAAUCUCGCGCAUAUCAUCAGAAAGCGCAACGAUACAUUAUGAAAAUUCCAACGGUUUUGUGCCUAUGGUAUCGUCUGUUUCUCCGUCGUACAACGAUCCUGAUUCGUACGAUUCAUCGUUAGAGACCAAUGAUUCGGAGCAGCAGGAGAAUCAGUCUGAAGAGAGCGGAGAUGCCAGGAAUGCUGUAAGUGCUCAAGACAAUUCGGACGUGAGGGCGAAAAAAUUUGAGGAAGAUCUAGCGUAUUCCUCGGAAGCGAGGAUCUUCUUGAAUUAUCCUGGAUCGUUGACGAAUCGUAGGUCUUUCGAUUUCCAGGAAGGGCGGUCGAAUGAAUUCGAGUUGCUGAAGGUCAACAACAAUACUCCCGCGGUAGCUAAUUACCAGGAAUUUUACAAGAACGUACACAGCACGGUGAACACCGAGACUGACAGCGAACCUGACACGUCUUCUUUGGAGCAUCCGAAUGAAGGAAGAGGGAAGAAAAUCGAGAACUAUGCCCACAAUUACGGUCAGCAGUCGCAGCAAGCUAAUGACGAAAAUCCCUAUGCGCAAUACUCGUACAACGGCGCGCAAGAUAUAAAGAAAAUUACUUAUAAACAGGAGAAAGUUGCUGAUAAUUAUCGUCAGCAGAAUACCGCGAACUACGACAGUCACGGACAGAAUGCAGCGGUCUCGUCCUCAUCAAGGACGAAUUAUCAGGUCAAUGAACUCACUCAUAGCGGAACUUACGACAAUGUAGCGGAAUCGUCGAGAACACACUAUCGAUUCAAGCCGGUCGUGGUAGCUGAGUCGAGCAAUUAUAAAACAGACAUGAACAGCGGCUCGGACACAGCCUUGAGGAACUUGGAAUCUUCCAACUCGGGAACAUUAAGUCACUAUCAAGUUUAUAACGAUAAUAACAGACAGCGCAGUUAUCAUCGCACGGAGGACUCCAAGAAUUUCUCGGACGAAAGGACAGAUUCCGAAUACAUCGAGCAACCGAGAGUGAGGAUGCAAAAGACUCAAAGACGUCCGUCGUAUCCUGAUUCUUCUAGGAAACUUCCGAAAGAACAUCGCAGCACGAUAAACGACAGUACAGAAGAAGAUAAGAACAAAUACAGCUCUUCGAAAGUAAGAUCACAGCGGUACAAGGUGAAGGCGAAUCCAUGGCUCAACGAUCCUAAUACAAAUCAUAAUGACGAGAGCGUCGAGGACGAUAGAUACGGUUUCAAAGGCGGUAAUACAGAAACAAAAGGCUCCAAAGUACACAACGGAUCCAGACCAAAAAUUAUCAAUUCAUGGAAUCAGAUCUCUCCAAAUUUCGAAAUCUCUCAGUCUAAGAGAGUUGAACUGGAUCAAAUGGAGAAGCCAAAGUUCUUGGUUAAUCUCGUACCCGUUGCAAACUUUGACCACGCGACCGCGUUAGGCAGCAGCCAAGGUUUUGACAUGUCUAACGCAGUUCUGCAAAACGUUGCCACCGUCGCGCCAAUUGGAACGUUUGGCACGACUGCUCCUUUCCUGAGCACUCCUCAGCCUGACCUCGCUCAGAAUUUGGCUCAAUUAUCAAAGAACUUGGUAAACUUGCAGAAUCUGGCAGUCUCCACGCCGCUGCCUGACAUUAUCGUCGGUCAGAACACUUAUCAAAAUCCCGUACACACGGUACUGCUUUCUCAUUCAAACGGACAGAACAAAGAUACUCUGAAGACCUAUUUGCCAAGUACUAUGACACCGGUAUUUGCUUUAACGUCCAGUUUGAGUCCAGCAUUGCAAAAUAUCAGAGUUCAGAACGUACAGAGUAACAAUGUAACGCCGCGAACGGCAUCCACUGUCGUUCCGCAACCGACCCUUCAAACAUUCCCGAGCUUUAUGCAAACGCCGUUUCAGACUACUCAGAUCCAUGUAAAUCCUCACGGAACGCAGGGUCAAAAUUUGAUACAUCAUGGUAAUUUACAGAUACAAAGUUCGCCGACGGCGCCUACGCUACUGUCUGGUCCUGGUCAGACAAUGCCGGAAAGCAGAAUCAAUAUGGAAUCGCAGAAUAAAAAGAACACAUACUCAUCUUCCGGUACAAACUUUCUGGCCUCUGCAAGUUUAGCCGUUGGCCAGAAUGAACAGAAGCAGCCGACUAACAUCAACUCAUACUACUUCCAGAAUCAUAAUACACAGCAGAUAAAACCUCACGAAAUAAUGCCGACUAUACUGCAACCCAGUGCGACUUUAAACGGAAUAACUCAGUAUGUCAAGCUACAAAAUAAUGGUGCGGAUGCUAUGCAGCAGUUACAACUGAAUAAACAGUUGAUAAAAAAUCAUAGAUUAGGCGGUAUCAUGUUGCAGACUGCCGACAGCGCGGCUAGUCAUUCAAACAACAUUGUGAACGCGCUCGAGACAUCGUCAGGAAACGCGCAUCUUCCGAACGUGGGCACUAAAAACGUGGAAAUCGUAAAUCCCAAUAUUAAACCAAGUCCAAUCGAUACGACAUAUCAGACAAUGCACUAUCCGGCUGCUGUUCUGACGACGCCUAUUCCAAUUUUCAGUACGAUCGACCCGGUUAAUCCGCAGACCGUUGAUCUUCAGAAUUACGUGAAUUCUUUGACAGAAAACGGGAAUAAAGCUAAGCAACUAGGCGCGGUGGAUAUCAAAACGUUGCAGAAUCAAGAACGACCGAUGUUCAAUCCCAUUAAUUUUGUUCCGAAUGUUGACAUCAUUAAAGAUCAAAAUGCUCUUAACAAUAAAUUGCCGGCCCACGAGCCUAUUCAACAAGGUUUGAACUUGGUACCUGUCAUGCCUGGGGGAAAUUUCUUCAAACCGUCAUAUGCGGCGCAAAGCGAAUUGGUUGUAAAACCGAAGCUGGCUUCGGAUUUGCAGAAUUACGCCGAGGAAAUGUUUAAAGAAUCUUUGAAGACGAUGUACAACUCACAGAAAUGGAAUAAUGACAGAAAGCCCCAGGAGAACGGACAGAAUCUCGAAGCGAACGAUUUGGCAAAGCUGAGACUCGAAAUGCAGAAACUGAGAGCUUCUUUGACGGAGUCCAAGUAUAAAGACAGUCUCGAGGCGCAUCAGAGUAUGCAAAACGUGCACACGACUGAUGCGCCACAAUCUUCGAGCGGUAAAAAGAAACCAGAUCCGCUGCUAGCAACCUUGGAACAUUUGCUGAAAACUCGACCCCGUGGGCCGAUACAUAUUUACCAUGGCCUUGCUCAACCAGAUCACAAACGUAAACCGGAAGAUUCGAGCUUCAAUUAUGACGAGUUCAAAGGUGGUAGCCAUGUAAGAGAAUUUCUCACACCACCAAAAUCAAAACCUUUGCAUUCGAAAAAUCCUUUUGACGACAAGCCGAAGAAACGACCAGGAUCCUUGAGGUUCAAAAAUAAUCCGAGAAAACCGGCAAGACCGAGCAAUUUGCCGCUUAAAUCCGGCAGACUAGAAACAUCCUCUAGUGAUAUACAUUUGUAUAUGGAUCCGGAUAACUUUAACUAUGAUUCUAGACAUCAGCCGUCCUUUGAUAGAUAUUCAGCAUUCACCACGGCAAAACCAAAUAUUGGUAAAAUUUUGAGAGAGAUUAAAUCGUCAAAUAACAAUAACUAUGACAUUAAUCAUCCCAGAAUGCAUAAUCUUCUCGGUUUGUUAAUGAAGAAUAAACAAUUACCGACCAGAAACACACAGAACUAUUAUAACAAUAAGGAUCAGGUGAAGGAAUAUUUCGAGAGCGAUAAGCAUCGGCUGGAACAGCAGUUUUAUAACAACAUCCUAAGGGAUUACAUGAACAGGUCCGACGUUGCGUCGCAAUCGGAUUCGGUUAUCAAUAAGAAAGUCUAUUCGGGGAACGGUACCGCAUAA